AUGGCUGUUUACAACGGUUUCGCUACUAACAAAGAAGAUGUGUCCCUCGCAAGGCCUACAAGGUCUUGCAGGUUCCAGGAAGAUGACAAUUCUCUGCCUGCCAGCGGAAUACAGUGCGUGAGCUGCAACAAAUUGCGUUGCCUUAUCACUUCACCUCAUUUCCUCUACUCAACCACAAUCAUCAUCCUUCUCGGCCUUUACAUAUUUCAACUCGGCGCCCGAGGAAAUCUCCGGUCCUACACGCCUUCCACUAAGAUCAAUAGAACUCAAACUAUAUGCGGUGCUUCGCAAGAAGAAGCUCGCUCUAUGGGUUGCGUUUUCGACGUAUAUGUAAAUGAAUGGCUCCCAGCGUCAUGCUACGAUCGCGCGGUUGCGGAGGUUUCUGAGUCCAACUUGAGCGACCUGUAUCCCGCUGCGGCGGGGCGCAGCACGUUUCCCUUAUUUUGGGAUCAGGCGAUGGUAAAGCGAGCAACUGUGGAAGAAGUUAUGCUGGCUGCGUUCGAAAACAUUGAGAACGGCUUCCAGAUUGAGUUUUAUACCGCGUGGGAGUUUCACAGGGCUCACUGCUUGCACCUCUGGAGGCUUACUGUUAGUGCCCUGCAGCAGCUAGAUCGAGGAAAAAGGAACGUUGGCGUAUACUACAAAUCUGUUAGCCCUGAGCAUGCCUGGCAUUGCAACAGAUUCAUAGUUGAGGGGGAUACCAGGGAUCCUGACAAGAUAACUUCUAUUGCUCCUGGGGUUGGGAAAUGUGUAGUGCUAAAUAGCUUUUAG